GAUGACCAGAAGGCAGUUAUGAAGCGGAAAACGGAACUUGGUGGAACUUUCUCAACUGCAAGUUGGAUACUUUUUGUUGGUUUGUUUGCUGCGUUGCUGUACCAAAUAAUAUCAAAGAGAAGUGUUGAGGUGCAUAAUGUGAAAGCAACAAAUGCAUCUGAUUUAUCCUCAUUCAUCAAUGACUUAGAGUUUAAUAUAACCACCAUUUCUAGUAUGAGCUGUUCACAUUUACGUGGUCUUGGCACUUUAGUGACUGGGAAUCCGGGCUUUAUUGAUUAUCGAGUUGCUCCUCUUUCUACAUUUGUCAACUAUUCUUGUUUGAAUACCACCAAGGGGCCUACCAUAACUCUUAAAUGCAACAACUGUCAGCUUAGUCGAGAUAUAACAUAUCUCUCGUGGAGAUUUGUUGAUCUUCCAAAUGCCCCUGCAACUGCUGUUGGAUUUCAGUUCAACCUCACUGCAAAGAACCAUGUGAGUAGAAAACAUGUGAGUUUUGUCAGUGGAACGCUAAGGAAUGGAAGCAAUUUUGAUGACAAGCCAACUACAUAUAGAGGGGUGGAUCCAAAUAUAUUGAAAUUUAAUUUAUUUCCUAGACUAUACCAUAAUUUGCAUGAUCUCAAGCUCAUCCAACCUCUGUUUCAUGAGUUUCUCCCCGGUUCAUCUUUUGGGGAGAUAAGUCAACUCCAAGCCUCCCUUCAAAGCUCUAUUGAUGGACAAAUCAAUACCAGCUUAUGUAUCAAUUUUCUCUCAUCUUAUAUUGUUGAGAUCGACAAUCAAAAUAUCUUGGGGCCUGGUGAGUAGCAUGAACUCUCUAUAGUUGGUGUGUUCAAAAGCUUUUGUUCACUUAUGAUUGUUUCCCAUUUGUAUAGUCAUGUUAGGUAUCGUAUGUAUGUUUUCACUAAUAAAUUACUACAGGGACAGAAUACUAUCUUAUAUAAGGUUAUCAAAAUGUGUAUCAUAGUGCGUAUCAUUUUUUUAAAAAGUGUAUCAUGGACUGUAACGU